UUGGAGACGAUCCAGAGCGAAAUCGAGCUCUCUCGAUCUCCCUCUUACAAAAACAACACCCGUUUAAUUCAAAACAACAAAAAGAAGAACGAACAAAAUUCAAACACUGAGUGAGAGUUUAAUUCUAGAAUCAAAAAACCAAAACCCCCAAAUUCAACUCCGCCUGAAAACCCUAGGGUUUCGUUAAACGGAUCGCCACCAUGGACAUCCGCUUCCCUUUCUCCCCCUGCGAGGUCGCCAAGGUCCGCCGCGUCCAGUUCGGCAUACUCAGCCCCGACGAAAUCAGGCAGAUGUCUGUGGUGCAGAUUGAGCACAGUGAGACAAUGCUGGGAGGGAAGCCGAAGACGGCGGGGUUGAGUGACCCUCGGCUGGGGACAAUUGACCGGAAGCUCAAGUGUGAGACUUGCACGGCGAACAUGGCCGAGUGCCCCGGCCACUUUGGACACCUGGAGCUUGCCAAGCCUAUGUUUCACAUCGGGUUUAUGAAGACUGUGCUGUCUAUAAUGCGCUGCGUCUGCUUUAACUGCUCCAAAAUCCUUGUUGAUGAGGAUGACCACAAGUUUAAGACAGCUUUGAGGAUAAAGAAUCCGAAAAAUCGGCUGAAGAAAAUUUUGGAUGCGAGCAAGAAUAAAACAAAGUGUGAAGGAGGUGAUGAUCUUGAUGUGCAGGAUACCGACGAGCCUUUAAAGAAAAGCCGGGGCGGGUGUGGUGCUCAGCAGCCCAAGCUGUCUAUAGAUGGUAUGAAGAUGGUUGCGGAGUAUAAAGCACAGAGGAAGAAGAGUGAUGACCAGGAGCAGCUUCCUGAACCUGUGGAGAGGAAGCAAGUCCUUACCGCCGAGAGGGUUCUUAGUGUAUUGAAGAGGAUCAGUGAUGAGGACUGUCAAUUACUGGGAUUGAACCCAAAGUAUGCACGUCCCGAUUGGAUGAUUCUGCAAGUUCUUCCUAUUCCUCCACAACCUGUGAGACCUUCCGUGAUGAUGGAUACCUCCUCGAGGAGUGAGGAUGAUUUGACACAUCAGCUGGCUAUGAUUAUCCGCCACAAUGAGAAUCUAAGGAAGCAGGAAAGAAACGGAUCACCCGCUCAUAUUAUCUCAGAGUUUGCACAACUUUUGCAAUUCCACAUAGCUACAUAUUUUGAUAACGAGUUGCCUGGACUACCAAGGGCUACACAGAGAUCAGGGAGACCUAUCAAAUCAAUUUGUAGUAGGCUUAAGGCAAAGGAAGGCCGGAUUAGAGGAAACUUAAUGGGGAAGAGGGUUGAUUUCUCAGCACGUACAGUUAUUACACCAGACCCGAACAUAAAUAUUGAUCAAUUAGGAGUACCAUGGAGUAUUGCGUUGAAUCUCACUUACCCUGAAACUGUGACUCCUUACAAUAUUGAAAGGUUGAAGGAGCUUGUUGAGUACGGGCCCCAUCCUCCACCAGGUAAAACUGGUGCAAAGUAUAUAAUAAGAGAUGAUGGACAAAGGCUUGAUCUACGUUACUUGAAGAAAAGUAGUGAUCACCAUUUGGAGCUUGGUUAUAAGGUGGAGCGUCAUUUGAAUGAUGGAGACUUUGUCCUCUUCAAUCGUCAACCCAGUCUGCAUAAAAUGUCUAUCAUGGGGCACAGAAUCAAAAUCAUGCCUUACUCAACUUUUCGAUUAAAUCUCUCUGUCACUUCGCCUUAUAAUGCUGAUUUUGAUGGAGAUGAAAUGAACAUGCACGUUCCCCAAUCAUUUGAAACAAGGGCAGAAGUGUUGGAGCUAAUGAUGGUGCCCAAAUGCAUUGUCUCGCCUCAAUCAAAUCGUCCUGUGAUGGGAAUUGUCCAAGAUACUCUACUUGGUUGUCGUAAGAUCACGAAGAGGGAUACCUUCAUAGAGAAGGAUGUUUUCAUGAACAUCUUGAUGUGGUGGGAGGAUUUUGAUGGAAAAGUACCUGCUCCUGCAAUAUUGAAACCACGGCCUCUUUGGACUGGAAAACAGGUGUUUAAUCUCAUAAUACCAAAGCAAAUAAAUCUCCAGAGAACUUCAGCAUGGCACUCGGAGUCAGAAACUGGUAACAUCACCCCUGGUGACACUCACGUUAGAAUAGAAAAAGGCGAGUUACUUUCUGGAACUCUGUGCAAGAAGGCACUUGGGACAUCUACUGGAAGUCUUAUACACGUCAUAUGGGAAGAGGUUGGUCCAGAUGCUGCCCGGAAGUUCCUUGGUCAUACCCAAUGGCUAGUGAAUUACUGGCUGUUGCAGAAUGCUUUUAGCAUUGGAAUUGGGGAUACUAUCGCUGAUGCAGCAACGAUGGAAAAGAUCAAUGAAACUAUUUCCAAGGCUAAAAAUGAAGUUAAAGAACUUAUCAGUAAAGCCCAAUCUAAGAGUCUGGAACCUGAACCAGGGCGAACUAUGAUGGAUUCUUUUGAAAACAAAGUGAAUCAGGUCUUGAAUAGGGCUCGUGAUGAUGCUGGAAGUAGUGCUCAGAAGAGUUUGUCUGAGAGUAACAAUCUGAAGGCUAUGGUUACAGCCGGUUCCAAGGGAAGUUUCAUCAACAUAUCACAGAUGACUGCUUGUGUGGGACAGCAGAAUGUUGAGGGUAAACGAAUUCCUUAUGGGUUCAUAGACCGUACUUUACCCCAUUUCACUAAGGAUGACUAUGGACCAGAAAGUCGUGGCUUUGUUGAGAAUUCAUACCUUCGAGGAUUAACUCCACAGGAGUUCUUUUUCCAUGCUAUGGGAGGUAGGGAAGGUCUUAUAGAUACUGCUGUUAAGACAUCUGAGACUGGGUAUAUCCAGAGGAGACUGGUGAAGGCUAUGGAGGAUAUUAUGGUCAAAUAUGAUGGGACUGUGAGAAAUUCCCUGGGGGACGUCAUACAGUUUCUCUAUGGAGAAGAUGGAAUGGAUGCUGUAUGGAUUGAAUCUCAAAAGCUGGAUUCUCUAAAAAUGAAAAAGAAGGAGUUCGACAAGACCUUUGCCUAUGUGUUCGAUGAUGAAAAUUGGAAUCCGGACUAUAUGCUGCCUGAACAUGUUGAGGAUCUGAAAACUAUUAGAGAGUUCCGCAGUGUGUUUGAUGCAGAAGUUUCGAAGCUUGAAACUGAUAGGCUUCAACUUGGCACAGAGAUUGCUGUCACUGGUGAUAAUUCUUGGCCCUUGCCUGUUAACCUGAAGAGGCUCAUUUGGAAUGCCCAAAAAACCUUUAAAAUCGACUUCAGGAGGACUUCUGAUAUGCAUCCAAUGGAAAUCGUUGAGGCUAUUGAUAAACUCCAGGAGAGGUUGAGGGUUGUUCCUGGUGAUGAUUUGUUGAGUGUUGAAGCACAAAAGAAUGCAACUCUCUUUUUCAACAUUUUGCUCCGCAGCACUUUUGCUAGUAAAAGGGUGUUGGAGGAGUACAGGCUCACUCGUGAGGCAUUUGAGUGGGUAAUUGGGGAGAUAGAGUCACGGUUCCUGCAGUCACUUGUAGCGCCUGGAGAAAUGAUUGGUUGUGUAGCUGCACAGUCUAUUGGUGAGCCUGCCACUCAGAUGACCCUCAAUACCUUCCAUUAUGCUGGUGUGAGUGCAAAAAAUGUUACACUAGGUGUACCCAGGUUGAGGGAAAUUAUCAAUGUUGCCAAGCGAAUCAAAACUCCAUCCUUGUCUGUUUACUUGAAGCCUGAAGCUAAUAAAACAAAGGAGAGGGCCAAGAAUGUGCAGUGUGCCUUGGAAUAUACUACCUUACGUAGUGUUACUCAAGCCACAGAAGUAUGGUACGAUCCGGAUCCAAUGAGCACAUUAAUAGAAGAGGAUCUUGAUUUUGUGAGAUCUUACUACGAAAUGCCAGAUGAAGAGGUCAACCCUGAUAAAAUAUCUCCAUGGUUGCUUCGUAUUGAGUUGAAUCGUGAAAUGAUGGUGGAUAAGAAAUUGAGCAUGGCUGACAUCGCUGAGAAGAUAAACGCUGAAUUUGAUGGUGAUUUAACUUGUAUUUUUAACGAUGACAAUGCUGAGAAGUUGAUCCUUCGAAUUCGUAUCAUGAAUGAGGAAACUCCAAAAGGGGACUCACAAGAAGAUUCUGCUGAAGAUGAUGUUUUCCUGAAGAAGAUUGAGAGUAACAUGCUUACAGAAAUGGCUCUUCGAGGUAUCCCGGAUAUCAACAAAGUGUUCAUAAAGCAUGGUAAAGUUAACAAGUUUGAUCAGAAUGAAGGAUUUAAAGCAGAGCAAGAGUGGAUGUUAGAUACAGAAGGUGUUAAUCUUUUAGCAGUGCUGUGCCAUGAUGACGUUGAUGCCAGGAGAACGACAAGUAAUCAUUUGAUAGAAAUUAUUGAAGUUCUUGGUAUUGAGGCUGUUCGUCGGUCUUUGCUGGAUGAGUUGCGUGUUGUCAUAUCAUUUGAUGGAUCUUAUGUGAAUUACCGCCAUCUGGCUAUCCUAUGUGAUACCAUGACAUAUCGUGGUCACUUGAUGGCCAUUACACGUCAUGGUAUCAACAGGAAUGAUACCGGCCCAAUGAUGCGUUGUUCAUUCGAAGAAACAGUGGAUAUUCUGCUUGAUGCAUCUGUGUUUGCAGAAACAGAUCAUCUGAGGGGUGUGACUGAAAAUAUAAUGUUAGGGCAGCUGGCACCAAUUGGGACUGGAGACUGUGCGCUGUAUCUCAAUGAUGAGAUGCUAAAGAAUGCCAUUGAACUGCAGCUGCCUAGUUAUAUGGAUGGCCUUGAUUUUGGCAUGACACCAUCCCGUUCUCCAGUGUCGGGAACCCCAUAUCGUGAUGGAAUGAUGUCACCUAAUUAUCUGCUGAGCCCAAAUAUGCGAAUGUCUCCCAUGUCAGAUGCUCAGUUUUCUCCCUAUGUCAGUGGAAUGGCAUUCUCUCCUACUUCAUCUCCAGGUUACAGCCCAUCAUCUCCUGGAUACAGUCCGUCCUCUCCUGGGUACAGCCCCACGUCCCCUGGUUAUAGUCCCACCUCGCCGGGUUACAGCCCCACGUCUCCUGGUUAUAGUCCGACUUCUCCAACUUAUAGUCCGAGCUCUCCAGGUUAUAGUCCAACCAGCCCGGCAUAUUCUCCUACAAGUCCGUCUUACAGCCCCACCUCUCCAAGCUACAGCCCCACAUCUCCAAGCUACAGUCCCACCUCUCCAAGCUACAGCCCCACCUCCCCAAGCUACAGCCCCACCUCCCCCGCUUACAGCCCCACUUCCCCCGCUUACAGCCCUACUUCCCCGGCUUACAGCCCAACAUCCCCAUCAUACAGCCCGACGUCCCCUUCAUACAGCCCGACAUCCCCUUCAUACAGCCCCACGUCCCCUUCAUACAGCCCAACAUCCCCUGCCUAUAGCCCAACUUCACCUGGUUACAGCCCAACUUCCCCGAGUUAUAGUCCAACCUCUCCUAGUUAUAGCCCUACCUCUCCGAGUUAUAAUCCUCCUUCUGCAAAAUAUAGCCCGUCGGUGGCGUACUCUCCGAGCAGUCCAAGAUUGUCACCAGCCAGCCCAUACAGUCCUACCUCUCCAAAUUACAGCCCCACGUCACCGUCAUAUUCACCCACAUCACCAUCUUAUUCUCCCUCUAGCCCCUCAUACACUCCUGGCAGCCCAUAUACCGCUGGAGUGAGCCCCGAUUACAGCCCAAGUUCUCCACAGUACAGUCCAAGUGCUGGGUACUCACCCAGUCAGCCAGGGUACUCCCCAUCAUCCACUGGCCAGUACACUCCGCAAACAAGUGAAAAGGGUGAUAAAGAUGACAGGAGCACUCGCUAAGGCAAUAAUCCUUUCUGUAGCUGGAGAGAGGGAGUUGAUCUUUUAGUUUCACAAUUUGGAGCUAUUUUGAGGAAUGCAGUGAGAUUGGGAAGAAGACUCUGGAGCAGCGUAUGAUUUUGCAGCUUUUUGUUGCCAAACUAUUGGCUGUUUCAGUGAUAUGUAUUAUUUUUCUGGUUUGGUGUUCUGAUAACGGAUUUCCACAAACAAGGUUUACAGAACCUGUCGUAUCUCUAGCUUUGUUACAAAGUCAUUGUUUACCUUAUCCUAUAGGCUAUAAAACAUUCAAGAGUUGCACGCGAGUUGUACCACUUGUAAUGAAAACGAUCAGGUUUUCUCUCGAUCUUUCUUAAGUGUUAUUUUUAAUCCGUA